AUGAUUACAACAACGACACAUCUAGCAUCACGAUCAUUUCAAUCGAUCAUGAACGAGGAAACUUUAUGUGAUGAUGUAACAACAUUAAAUCAAAAUUCAUCAUCAUCAAUAUUAUAUCGUAAAUUUAAUAUCCAUUACAUUAGUCAAGAAUAUAUUAUUCGAAAAGAAAGUUCUUCGCAAAUGAUUAAAAGUCAAUCAUUUGAUCCAGAAGUAGUAAUAUCGGAUAAUACAAAAAUUCAACCAGAUAGUCCUGGAUCAUUAAAUAAUCUUGUUAAUAUAACACCAAAAAAUAUUGCAGUAAUUGAAUUAAUUACAUCGGAACAACGAUUCGUCAAUGAUAUGAAAAGUAUUUUAAAAACAUAUAUAACACCAAUGUUGGAAAAUAAUAUUUUAUCCUCAUCUCAUAUCGAUGCACUUUUUCUUAAUUGGCCAAGUUUAACACGUACUCAUGAAAAACUUGCUAAAACAUUAAUAACUGCUUUAAAAACUGAUGGAGAACAAAUAUCUAUUGGAAAAAUUUUAUGUCAAUUUAUUCCCGAAUUAAUUGCUGAAUAUGAAGUUUAUUUUCGUUUUCAUCCAACAGCAAUGAAAUGUUUUCGUGAACAACUUCAUAUUUCUCCAAAAUUUUGUGCUUUUAUGCAGAAAACAAAAGAACAUAGUUAUGGAAUAGGUACAAUGGGUGAUGCGAAUAUUUUAACAUUACCAUUACAACGUAUUGCUAAAUAUCCAUUUAUGAUUUAUCAAAUUCUUAAGAAUUCAUCAAAUGAUUCUGAUGAUUUUGAUCAAUUACAUAAUUCAUUAAAGAAAGCUGAUGAAUUACGUGAAACAAUAAAUAAUGCUAUUGACGAAGAAAUUAAUCGAACAAAAUUUGAAUGGUUACAGAAACAUGUCGAUUGUACAAAAAUUUAUGAAACGAUUAUAUUCAAUUCAUUAACUCAUUUUGGUGAUCAAAGAAAAUUAAUUCAUUAUAAUCAUAUACGUUUGACAAAAUCAACAAAUAAUCUGUUUUAUGCGAUGUUAUUUAAUGAUUUUUUACUUUUAACUCGUACAAAACGACCUUUAAUUACAAAAAUGUUUCGAAUUAUUAAUCAUACGAUGUUUCAUCAAUGUCGACAACAAAAUGAAUCUUUUCCUAAACUAUCAACAAGACAAUCGGAUAUAGAUUGGUUUGAUUCACCUGAUGCAAAUUAUCUUUAUUUAAUUGUGUAUAAAAAACCGAUCAUGUUACAUGAAAUUCAAAAUGUACGAUUGCUUGAAAAUGAUUCAACUGGUUUUCAAUUUGAUUAUCGUGGACGUCAAAUAACUCUAUUUGCUAAUAGUAUUAAUGAAAGAUUUUUAUGGAUAAAAUGUAUUAAUGAUGCGAUUCAUAUUUGUAGCCAACGACGUUUACUUACUUCAAUGUUUCGCACACCGGAAUCUAAUUUAAAUCCAGUUGUUUGUCGACCGAUUGGAAAAGUCUUUAUUCGAGAAAUCAAUGCUAUGAACUUGCCCAUAACAUCUAUGCAAAAGAAUGGAAAUAAUCCAUAUUGUAUAAUCGAAAUGAACAAUAGUCAACGUCAAACAACACCUGUUCAUUGUGAUACAUCGAGUUUACAAUGGAAUAUUUCAUUUCAAUUCUUUGUUUGUGAUAUUAAUAAAGAUAUUAUUAAGUGUUUUAUCUAUAAUCGAUCUAAAUAUACAACAGAUCGUCUUCUUGGUUCAGUAGAUGUUCCUUUAACAUUAUUAACUGAACGUCGAAUUCAACAAGAAGAUUCGUCAUCGACUUAUUCAUUAGCAACAAGUAAUUUUAGUGACAUGUCAUCAUCAAAUUGGAAAACUCGUACACUUUAUCUUCAACAUUCAUCGAAUAAUUCACAAAUAUCUAUAAAAUAUCUUGUUUGUUUCAAUGAAUAA